AUGUUUCACAUUUCAUUGACAGAACAAAUUGUUUUUUUCCACGCACGACGAGAGAAAAUUGUAAAAAGAAAAUUGGAAUUCCCUGCAAAUAAAUGCAGAAAAAGACGUAAAAGUGUUGUUUGUGCACCAAGAAGUAUUGCAUUUGACAAUGGAUUCAGCAAGGCAGCUACUGGAUGAGCUAAUGGGGCGGAAUCGCAACUUGGACCCCGAUGCAAAAUGCAAAAAACUCAAUUGUUUUGAUCCGGAGUUUUGUCAGUACUACCUCGUGAAAUUCUGCCCGCAUGAUUUAUUUGUGAAUACAAAAGCUGAUUUGGGACAGUGCCCCAAGUUGCAUGAUGACGAGGCGAAGCGCCUCUAUGAGGAGGAACCACGCACGUCGGCCAAGAAGAGGCAGUAUGAGGAUGAAUUUCUGCGUUUCUGCAACAAUAUGGUCAACGAGGUUGACCGGAAGAUCCACAAAGGGAAGCUACGGCUAAAACUCAUGAAUAAGGAUGAUCCGGAUUCCCCAACACACGGUGGCCACAUUUCAAAGCACCAGGAACAGCUGAAUGUUCUCACAGAGAGAAUAAUGAAGCUCGUUGGGGAGGCUGAGGAAGCUGGUCACCGUGGGGAUGUAGAUCAAGCCCAGGGCCUAAUGAAGCUGUGUGAUCAGCUUAAGGACGAAAAGGAUGCAUUAAUGAUGAGCAGUGAGAAUGCCCAUUGGUCCCUUGAGAUGGUCCAGGCGCAGGAGAAGCAAAUGGAAGUUUGCGAAGUUUGUGGAGCAUUUCUCAUUGUGGGAGAUGCUCAGCAACGAAUUGAAGAUCAUUUAACGGGAAAGCAACAUUUAGGGUACUCCAAGGUGAGGAAGGUAAUUGAGGAAAUGUACGAAAUUCGUCGACGGGAAAGAUCUGAGUCGGAGAAGAAGCGCAUGGAUGACGAACGACGUCCACGGUAUGAUAAUGGUUCAUCCAGCGAUCGCAGAAGAGAUGAUCGCUACAGGAGAUCGAGCCGGGAUGAUGAUCGACGUCGAGAUGAUCGCCGCAGCAGAGGAAGUGAUCGUGAUCGCGACAGGGAAAGAGAACGCGACAAGGAUAGAGAUCGAUACAGGAGUAGACAUCACCGCGAUCGCAGGCGGAGUCGUAGUCGUAGUCUGCAUUGAUGCAAUGAGAUUCCUUCAUCAUAUUUUAGAGGUACCCAGAAACUAUAAAAAAAACAAUAACCCAUGGAUCCAGGUAUGUGGAGUUCCUUUUAUUUAUUAUUUUCAUUUUUUUAUACACACAAAAUAUCUUCCGAUGUUUAUAUCUUUUUUUUUUUUUUACUAUUUUUCUUUUAAACUUUAUAUUAUUUUAUUUUUUAAUCAAUAUUGUCGUAUGAUGUACAAAAUGUGGGUGUGUUUGUGUGACUUUUUUUCCCAUAAAUGUUGAUUUAGUUUUUUAAACAAACAUUUAUUUUUACAAGAAUAUUAUUUUAUCAAUAAAUCGAUAAAAAUGUUUUUUUUUACUUCACAACAUGUGUGGGAAAAAUUGCGUGUUGUCUGGAGUAUGAAUGAGUGGGUGGAUAAAUACACAGAGAGUGAGAGAGAAUAAUAUACCUAAAUUAAAAGCAAAAAAAAAAGGAAAAGAAAUAGGAAAGGUUCCAUCUCCUCACAGCUUAUAGAGAGGAUAAUCACACGGAGAGAGAGAUCCAAGUAAAACAAAUUAUUAUUAUAGAGAAUUCCAUACAAAUCCUUAUUAAUGUAGUAGAUACAAAAGAAAAAAGAAAAACAAUGAACCAGCAAAUUGUUGGGCCCAUUUGAUAAAACACGGCGUUACAAUCAGGUUAGUAAAAAAAAAAACAUAAAAUAAUGCGGAAUUUUUUAGCGAAAAAAAUCUUCUGCUCAAUUCAGACCCAUUUCCAGACCACGAGGUAUACAUAUUAUUAUUUUUUUUUUAAAUUCUUUUUGUAAAAAAAUGUUUUGGGAGCGUUGGGAAGAAAAUUUUUAUAGGAAAAGAAAGAAACGUUUAUUUGAGACGUCUGGAUAAGAACAGGGACCCCAAAUGAAAAUGUUUAAAGAAAAUGCCUUUUUUGAGAAAAAAAAUUACACACAGCAAUGCAACAGCGAGCAUAAUUCGAGGUAUUUAUAAAACAUGAGAUUGAAUUUUUUUUAUUUCAAACAGGGUUAUUCUCAAAAUUUGAAGAAGAAAAAUCAUUUAUAUUGAUCCUUGUAAAUAUGUUUUAGAGAGAAUGAGAGAAUGUUGAUCAGUUAAAAAAUCGUUUAAAAAGAAUAAUAAAUUAUAUAAAAUUAGAAUAAUUGAGCUUCUAUAUUUAAAAGAAAAAUUUUCCUAUAUUGACAAAUUUUCUAGUAAAACUCUCAUAGAACAGAAACGUCAGCCAAAAAUAAGUAAAAGAUUACAAAAUUGCAGAAAGAUCACAUAAAAAAUUAUUCUUUUCUCUAAAGUUUAAAGGGAAUUUAGAAUAUUUAUUUAUCUAGUCCAAAAAAAAAUUCUAGGCCAAAGAGCAAAAAACGAGCAAAACGAGAUAUUAAAAUUAAUUUUCUGUCAUUUUAGCUUCAAUUUUUCUUUAUUUAUUGAAAAAACUAAAAAAGAAACGAUUUUUAGCAAAUAUCUAGAAAAGUGAUAAAUUCUUUCUCUCUAUUUUACUUUUUCCUCAAUUAUAGUAAUAAAAUGAAUAUUUCAAAAUCCUCAUGACAUAUCGGACCUUUCCGUCUUUCAUCAGGUAAUAUUCAUAUAACGCUUCAGAAGAUUAUUAUAACUGAAAAAUGAAUUAUUUUCUAAAUUGAGUAAAGUUAUUAAAAUUCAGCUUAAAAAAUCCUCGUUACAAAUUGAGAAAUAAAUUUAAUUAAUUUCAAAUUUUGUGGAUAACCCUGUUUUUACAUACAAUACCUACAAAAAAAUAUCUUAAACUAAAAAUUUUAUUAUCCUUCCUAUUUAGAAGAGUUUUUUUUUACACAAUUUAGGGAUGUACAAGAAAAUUAAACAAAUUAACUUUUUCGCCUUUUUAUUGCAAAAAAAGACUCGCCAAAGAUGAAAGAACUGUGAUAUAAAAAAAACUUUUUAAAGAAAAAUCAUCCAAAAGAAAAUUUUUAACGUGUUUCUGCAAUGUGUGUUGUGCUCUUAUUUCUUUUUAUUGUUCCUUUUUUAUAUAUACUGUAAAACUGUAAUAUGCUACACAAAAAAAGUACGAAGAAAAAGUCUUUUAGAGAGAAAACUUACAAAAAAAAAAAGAUUCGUCUUUAAAAAACAACGAAAAGCCAGAGAGAUCAAGAAGAUAAAUUAUUGUGAAAAUACGUGCAAAAAAAAUGUGAGUCAAAGGUGGGAUUGUUUUUUGGGUUAAAAAACCUUGUUUUCUGCCGCUUUAGGAUUUUUGCAGAAUGAGUGAGUGAGAGAGGCAGAAGCAACUUCCCCUAUAAAUCCGUCGUCAUUGUAAAAAUUUGUUGAAUGAAGAAGAAAAAGGAAAAUUGAGAGGAUAUUGCAAGAGGACUGUGGCGAAGGAUGACAAUUUGGAGGUAACAAAAAUAAAAAUUUAGGACAUCUCACUCACAAUGAAUGCUGUUUGGAUGCAGGAGGAGCUGCAUUUGGACGCCAUCAACCCACAUCUCAGUCUGAAAGAAUUCUGAUUGGAUUUUAUUUAAUCAGAAAAAAAACGAAGAGCAGCAAGGCAGCCGUCUACCACUCGCCCACUCAUUGGAGGUGCGUUCAAAAUGAAUAUUUCUCAUUUUAAUAAAUUUAUCCAUAUAUAUCUCUAUAUAUUGUUUAAAAAAAAACAAACAAUUGUAUUAAGAUUUAAUCUAACGAACAUUUUAGUAACCAAAUGAAAAGAGAAAGAGAGUGUGAGGCAAAAAAUAGGAUAGAAGAAAAAAAAUUUAGCUGAUGAAGGAAAUAAGAAAUUUUUAAUUUCUGUUUUUAGGACACUUUUUUAAAAUAUUAUUUUCUAAUUUUCUAUUUAUUUACAAAUUACUUCAAUUUAGAUUUUUUAAAUUGUAUAUUUUUGUUUUAAUGAAAGGACAUUUAAUUAAUUUUUUUCGGCAAAAGGUGUCUCAUUAACUAUUAAAUUUUUUUUUUCUUUGAGCUCUUCUAGGAAGAUAAAAAAGUGAAAACGGAAUUAGAUAAAAAUCUCUUCAGAGAAUGAGAUUUUAAGUUCUUCGUUUAAGUUGAGACACCUUGCAUUUGCAAAGAAAAUCAUUUAAAAUAAAGGCCUAGAUUUUGUAAUAAAAAAAAGAAUCUUUCCUCGUAAUAUAAUUUACGGGUUUGUAGGAUUUGUUUUUCAAUCUAAAAAAAUAGAUAACCUUUAAGGAGUUAUCACACUUAAGCUCUAAGCGUUUGAUGCUUAAGAUUUUACAUGUGACAAAACGAGAAAAAACAGCAUUGUUGUCUCUCUCGUACUCACAUAGAGGUUAUGAUGCUCAAGCACUUGGAGCUUAAGUGUGAUAGCCCCGUUAAAAUUAGUCGAGCCACAUUUUCUGCUAUAAAAUAACUGAUUUUUCUGUUAAAAAAUACAUCCAAAACAUAAAAAAAAAUUUCCAGUUAUCCAGACAAAUCAAAAGAACGCGAAGAAGAUUUUAUUUAUCAUUUUCAAUAAAAUCAAUAAAUCUUUAUUUUAUUUUAUAGCAUAUUGGGUAUGUGUCUAGGGUUCUAUAAAAAAAAAGAAUAAUCUCAAAAGAAUCGUUUUAACGCAAUAUUCGAAAAGGAAAGAUUUUUUUUAAACAAAAUCUAAAGGCAAAUAUCCUACCAAUUAUAAAUAAUAAAAAAUAAAUUAUACAAAAAAACUUUGCAAAUUAAAUUGCAAAACUCUUCAUAUCCUAUAGUGAAAAUUCUUUACAAAAACAACUAUAAAACUAUUUUAGAGAUAAACUUCAUAAAACCAUGAUAAUGUUAUUAUGUAUUUAUGGGAGAAAAGGGAAAUUAUUUUCCCUUGAGAGAUUUUUUUUACCAUCACCCUUCUUUUCCAGCAUGUUUGUGUGAGAAGGAAUCAACAAAAUUUUUUUAAUAAUUUUCCUCAAUUUUGUCGCCAAGUGUAAAAAAAAGAAACUAAAACGUAUUUUCUCCAUUUAGAUGAGAAUUUUUCGUCCCUCAAAACUAAACUAAAGAGUUGUGUAAACGUGAGGAGUUUCGAUGUAAAAUUACAACAAAAAAAUUGAAGGAUGUUUUAUUUAAAAAAGAAGAUAAUAAAUAAAAAUCCACAGAAAAUUAA